AUUAAUAAUUUUGACUUUGACUUUGACUAUACUCGAACUGACACGAAAUCGCAUUAUAUGUAUGUGUGCUAGUUACGAAAACGAUAACAAUGUACUUUCUUUUUUAUUUAUAAAACCGUUAAGUACUUUUUUGUAUAAAUUAUUGUCUUUAUGUUGCAGGCUAUGUAAAUUAUAAUGUCUAGAUAAUUGUAUUUAAAUAUAGUAUAUAUGAUAGUGAGAACUAUUGCACAACUACGAUCAGUGCGUCAUAUUGUUUGUUUGCUAGUGCAACUUUUAUUAGCAUAAAUAUAUUAUGUUACAUAGGACUAACAACCACCUGUGUUAAUACAUAUCUUAACGUUUCUAGUAAAAUUUUGUUAUUAAAUAUAUAAACUACAAACAUGAAAAUACAAGUGUAGAAAACAGUUAUUCUUUUGAAUGCAAUGUAAAACAAUAUCAGAAUUAAUCCGUUAAAUAGUGGAAUAUAGUUUUUUUUUAUUCUAAAUUAAAUAAUUAUAGUAUAAUGUCUGCAAAACAUUACACUGGUGUGAAAUUAGUGGAUGAGGAUGUUGAAGGAGUAACUACCAAUGUCAAGAUUUCGUGGACGCCAUUUUUAAGACAGUUAUUCGUGGUCGGUGGAGUAUGGACGAUAUAUUUCGUGCUUGGUUUAUGUUAUGGAGCUCCUAACGUCAUCAUACCACAAAUACGGAGGGAGGCCAACUCUACUGAAGCGGUCAGUGAAGAUAUGGCUUCUUGGUUAUCAUCAAUCCACGGUUACGCAGCGUUGCCAUGGAUACUCAUACUACCUAUACUCUCGCGGCGGUUUGGAAGAAAAGUGCCGUUCGUUAUAUUGUGUAUCAACACACUAAUUGGAUACGUCGUAUUUUAUUUCAGUACUUCCACUAUUAUACUUCUCAUUAGUGAAAUAAUGCAAGGCAUGCUAAUCGGCAGCAAUAUGACACUGCUUAUACUUGUUGUCACCGAAUACACUUCGCCGCGAUACCGAGGCAUCUUUAUGACAGUUAAAUCAACUAUAUUCUUUUGGGGAGUGUGGAUUGCCAACGCAACUGGCACAUUCAGUCAUUGGAAGAAUAUUGCUAUCAUAGCUUUUGUAUGUGCUACAGUAUCCUUAACUUCUUUCUGCUGGCCCGAAUCUCCAUCCUGGUUGGCAAUGAAUGGCCGUUUUGAAGAAUGUGCAGAGUCUCAUCAUUGGUUGAAAGGCUAUGACAAAGAUUCUGAAAAAGAACUAGAAAACUUGAUACAAUCACAAAAGGAAUACAUAGCACGUUGUAAAAAGAAAGAAGCAUCGUCGAAGCGGUUUAAAAAUAUCCUAGAAACGAUAUCGACAAAGGCAUUUUACAAGCCUCUUUUGUUGUCAAUGACAGUUAUGUCGCUAUAUAAUUUCUCUGGAAAGUUUGUUUGUAGUAUGUACUCUAUCGAGUUAAUUAAGAAAAUAACUAAAAGCGAGUCCACAGCUUAUACAGGCAUGCUUAUUUUAGAAGCCGUCACUAUAUUUAGUAUGCAGAUUGGUUGUGUUCUAUCAAAGUACCUUAAAAGAAGAACGUUAUUACUUUCAUCUUCAUCAAUUGGUAUUAUGUUUUUGUUUAUAAUUUCACUAUAUUUGUACCUCAUAAAACUAUCUAUAGUUUUAGAAAAUAAGAUUAUAUCGCUGUUGUUGUUAACUUUAUUUUCUAUGACGAUAAGUUGCGGUCCGAUGAUAUUGGCUUGUUCUGUGUAUGGAGAAUUAACACCUCUAAGGUAUCGAAGUUCGUCGCUGCCAACUCUAGCUAUAUUCUCUGAAAUAUUAAUGGCAUCCGUAUUAAAAGUAUCACCCUAUAUUUUUAAGUAUUUCGAAUUACAUGGUGCAUUUCUCUUUUAUGGAGUUACUGCGUCUGUUUUUGCAUUUUUAUUGUAUAAGUAUUUACCGGAGAGCAAAGAUAAGACUUUGCAAGAAAUUGAAUGUUACUUCCUAGAAUCUAAAAGGUCUGAAGAUGUUUCAGAGGAAUUAGUGGAGGAGAGAGAGAAAAGAUGAAAUUGUAAUUAUCAUUCUUUGUGUUACUAUUUUAGGAUCUGU